UCCAGCCUUGAGUUCAUCUAAUCCAGAACAGAAAGAGGCUGCUGUGGUUAUUCAGUCGGAGUAUCGACGUCAUCGGGCUAGCCGCGAAGUGAAUGAGUUGCGUCAGCAGAAAGCAGCCGUACAGAUUCAAUCUGCUUUCCGUGGAUAUCGUGAACGCAAAUCUAUUGAGUAA